AUGGACAAGAUCGGGUGUUAUGAAUUUAUCGAAAGGUUCACCGGGAGAAAGUUUUGCGAAGCUCUAUUACUAACUUACUGCCACCAGAUAUUCAUUUUCCCAAAGGAAUGGUUGGAAGAACACAAAGAAGAGGUAGUUGAUAACAUAGUGGAAGAAGUUCUUGAUGGUGCAGGACUACUUAAAGAAAUUGAGACAUGCCAUUUGGAUGAUGAGGAUGAAAAUGAAAAUGAAGAUGAGGAUAAGGAUGAGGAUGAGGAUGACCAUGGGGCUGAGGAUGUGGAUGCUGAUGAAGAUGAGGAUAACCAUAACAUCCCUCAUUUUAUCAAAAAGGAUAAUGGACCUGAUGUCGAAAUGGGUGACAAUGCAGCUUUAGGGGGCCCUUUGGAAGAAGCCAUGGAUGAGGAUGAAGAUGUUUAUCCUCAGUUACCAAACUUUUUCAUUGAAAAGCUUCACUGGAAGGAACAGGAACUUGUGUUAGUUGAGCCACAAACUGAUGAAGUUAUGAGGGUAAACGAAUCUGAGCAAGUGGUGAGGUAUAUGAAGCUGAGGAACUGGUUAGGGUUAAUCAAGUUGUUAGUCAAGUGA